GUUAACCCGGAACCACGUGGUUUCCCCUCCUCCACGUGUUCGUUCGUGGGUCCCGGCGUUAGUGAAGUCGCAGUAGAAGUUUGCUGUUUCCCGUCGUUCUCGUUGCCGCUUCCCAUCGCAGCGCAAUGUCCUUCUUCAUCAAGAAGAAGGUGGUGGACAGGGAGCGGACUAACGGUUCCGUCAGAGGCAACAAGAGGAAGGGUGCCGAUGACAAAACAUCGGCCAUAAAGGCGAAAAGAAAACAAAACAUCCCGAGAGACGAUGAGAUCUCGAGCGAUUCCGAAAAAGAGAGCGAUGGCGAGCGGGCAAAAAAGGAGGAGGAGAAUGACUUGGAGGUGGAGGAGACGGCUCAGGAGAAGAAGUUGCGCUUGACCAAGCUGUAUCUGGAGCAGCUGCGGACAGAAGAGGAGCAUAAGGCUGAUGACCGAGCUUUCCGUCACGACGUCAUCGCGGACCGGCUGCAGGACGAGCUGAUGGAGCAAAGUGGCACUCUUCAGCGACAAAUCGCAAAAGAGCUGCGCUUGCCCGACCCCGGCGCGGUGCGCGUGCUGCGCGGACACCAGCUGCCCAUCAUGUGCCUCGUGAUAUCUCCCGACAGCAAGCACAUCUUCUCCGCCUCCAAGGACUGCACGCUCAUCAAGUGGGAUGUGGAGUCAGGGCGCCGGGUGCUCUCCGUGCCGGGCCUCAAGAAGAAGGACAACAAGAGUGGUGUCGACGGCCACGCAGCGCACAUCCUCUGCAUGGCCAUUUCCUCUGAUGGCAAAUACCUGGCAACGGGCGACAGGGACAAACUCAUCCUGUUGUGGAACCCGGCCACGAUGCAGCUGCUGCACACAUUCAAGGGGCAUCGCGACGCCGUGUCGGGCCUGUGUUUCCGAAAGGGGACCCACCAGCUGUACAGCGCGUCGCACGACCGCUCCGUCAAGGUGUGGAACGUGGAUGAGAGGGCCUACGUGGAAACGCUCUUCGGGCACCAGGAUGCCAUCAUGGGCCUCGACUGCCUGGCGCGGGAGCGAUGCGUGACGGCAGGCGGGCGCGACCGCUCGGUGCGCGUCUGGAAGAUCCUCGAGGAGUCGCAGCUCGUGUUCCACGGCCACGCGGGAUCCAUCGACUGCAUUCAGCUGAUCAACGAGGAGCACAUGGUGUCUGGAGCGGACGACGGCUCGCUGGCGAUCUGGGGCCUACACAAGAAAAGGCCGCUGGCCACUGUGCAGAAAGCGCACGGCAUGCUGGGCGAGCCCGGCUUGGAGCAGCCGCAGUGGAUCACCUCGGUGGCCGCCAUGCUCAACAGCGACCUGGUGGCCUCAGGCUCGCACGACGGGCACAUACGACUGUGGAAAUGUGGAGCAAGCUUCAAGUCGCUGGAGCCGCUGUUCGCCGUGCCGCUGAGCGGUUUCAUCAACGUCCUCGCUUUCUCCAGCUGCGGCUCCUUUCUGGUGGCCGGCGUAGGACAAGAGCACAGGCUCGGCCGCUGGUGGAGGAUGAAGGAGGCAAAGAACGCCAUCUGCAUCAUCCCACUCGUGCGAGAUGCCACCCAGAACCCGGAGGCUGCCGCAGUCGCAGAGCCCAAGACCUAACCGGCGUCGCCCCCCCCACACCCUUCCUCUCCUCCCUCACAACCUCCCAAUGCGACGUCGACCUGCUGCGCUUGACAACGCCGCCGCUACAGAUCGCCCAACCACGCCCGGUGCUCUCCCGCAACUGUUGGUUUAUUCCGUCUCAUGCUCUUGCCCACUAGGGGACGUCCCAUCUCUGAUAACCACCCAGUGAUAAACAUAUUGGCAACAUUAAGGGUACGCAAGAUUCUGUGUUCCUUUUCUUUGUGUAUAUAUGCAGCCCUUUGCCCGUUCAGUGCUGGAUGAAAGGCCUCCUCAUGCCUUUUCAGCAAUGGGGAUUGUUUGACCAUACUUUCACGCAGGUCCGUGCACGUUUGCGGAAAGGGUCAUCCUCCCAGGACCGGUUCAGAUGCCACUCCACACUGAUAUGAGUCAUGGCCCGGAUUCUAACUCGGGCCGAUGGGUCCUCUAGCACAGUGCGCUACAGACCUCCACAUCACCGCCUCACCCUUGUGUUCCUUGAAAAGGAAUACAAAUUAAAUAUUUUAAGAAAUUUAAUUAUUGUCAAAAGUGCGUGUGUGUGUGUGUGUGCGCGCGCGUGCUCACUGCCUAGCCAAUGCAAGCAAGGUCUUGGCCAAGCGCAGUGAGAUGUAUUCUACCCUUUGUCUCGCGCCCCGCCAUCAAUCCUCUCCACUGCUGGCCGUCCCAUCGCACGCGGGAGUCUAAUCCCAGGGGCAAAUGUUUGCCCUUGGCUUGCGGCUUGCGGAUGAGGUUGUUGUGGGAGCACAAGCGCCCGCCCGCACGCCCCUCCCGUGCCGACCGCCACAGUAUGCGGCGGUUUAAUGUUGACACUGGAAACGGUCGGCCAAAAGCCGCUUCUUCACAAGGGUUGCGGAGUAAGGCAACGCUCCCCACACCGCGACAACGGGGGAAUGCGCGGCGCUGUUUGUGUUUCCUUGAUUACAAUUGAAAUCGCAAUCACCCCAGUGCAGUUGGAAUUUCUUACACGGUCAAUGAUGUACAACGCGAUAUCAUCGUCGGCUUCAGGCGAUCCAAGGUGGCGAGAUGUUUAAUACCUCGCCUGGUAUACAGGAGGUCGUGGGUUCGAUCUCGACCUUGAAGCCUGCGGUAUAUUUGGAGUUUGAUGUUUGGCCAAUCCCAGUUGCAUGGCAUCCUUUUUUAUUUUUAUCUCUGGGUGGAAGUCUGAGAACCCGGAGGAAACCCAUGCAGGGGCAGAGCCAGAGAGAGCGAGAACGUACAAACUCCACGCUGAGAGGCACCCACGUCAGAUAUCGAACCCAGGACUUUGACAAUCGUUACCACUGCGCCACUCUACGCUUACUAAUUGCCUCCCCCAACCACCCCACCUCUUGCAUCGAAUGUGUCGUUGACAAAAUCCAUAGAUCGCGGGUUUUAAAACCAACCCGCGAUCUACGUGCGGCACCGCACCGUCCCCAGCGAACGGGCGCUUUGUUCUCGCCGACAGCGACCGACCGCUUCGCUGACCAAGAAUGAUAUUCCCAAUAGAGCUGCAUCCUCGCACAAUAAACAUUAUAACGCGUCUGCCUCUGCCCCCACAGCCCCCCCGCAAAGUUUUAAAUGGGAAUUCAAUGAAAGAGCCGUGUCGCGAUAGUGUGGGCCCCCCCCCCCUCCCCAGGUCCCUCGGGCAGCCGCAUUGGCAACGCGAACAAUUCGGGGAGAUAAGAUGCGAGAGUCAUUUUCCAUCGCGGUGACGUCUCGAGGCUACGGCAUUUCGCGGGGAUUCUUUCCACGCUAAGGCUUCUUCCUCUCCCCCCCCUCUUCAAGACUUGCAUUAAGCGUGUCUGGUUCCACAUUGUAGUUAAAAUACUAUGCAAUACGGUUUAAAGGAAGCGUGUUUAGUUCUACACUUUGGUUUUUUUGGAUAAAUGCUAUAAUACGGGUUAAAGUAAGCAUGUCUGGUUCCACAUUUUAGGUUUUUUUUGUUAAUUGCUCGGCAAGACACGCUUACCUUUAUGUCUACGCAUUGUGUAUAUAAAGACAGGGACCCCCCCCCCCCUGUGUAGCCUCCACAGGCUGUUGGGGCAAUUGCUGUUCGCAAGCACCUAGGAAGCACAAGAGGGGGUUGGCGUGGCCAGCACAACUCCCAGCCACCUUUGUCUACCCAGUGCCAAUGCGUACACACUGCAUCGGCCACUCGAAGCCGGGUCGACCCAGUUGGUGGUGGCCCAGGAUCGAUUCAGAUUGGAGCACGGCUCAUGUUGGCCUUGAGCAGGAAUCAAACUCGUGCCAACCACCACACUGCCGCUGUUGACACAAUGUGCGUGUGUAUGUGUAUAGAGCGGUAGUGUAGCGGUUAGCGCGCUGCGCUACGAACCUGGCGACCCGGGUUCGAUUCCCGCUCACGGCCAACACCAGUGACGAUUAUCUGAUCCGGUGCUGGGCCUCCCCUAGGUCGACUCGGCCUUAAAUGAGUACCUGGUGCGGUGUGUAAACAUCGCCACUGGGGAGACAAAGGCGGUCGGGCGUGGUGCUGGCCACCCACCCACUCGUGUACCGUUCUGGCCUUCAUAGGUGCUCGCUAACAGCACUUGCCCCUACAGUCUGUUAAGGCUAUACGGGGGAUCUUUUUAGAUACGCACGCACAGACCUUUAACACACUUGUGCACAAGUGCUGUUUACGAGUCGACAACUAAUUAGCCAUUUUUUCAAUGGACACACAUUGUUUCAUGCGCCACUGCCUAAUGAGGAUUCCUCGUCUCGACCGAGACGCACGUUCCAUUGUGGCGUGGAUUCAGUCGUUCUGCUCAGAUUUGCUUUGUUCGCGUUGCGCUACUUUCAGUGGCGUUCCAGUUAUUCAUUUCAGGCCGAGUCCACGAGCAUUUGGGCGAGGUGGUGGAGGGGGGAGGCUGGAUGUGGCUGACAUCAGAGUUUGUUUUUAUAUAUCGGGGGUAGGGGGUGGUGGGGGUCGCUGGAAAGCCGCUCCAGUGGCGCUCGUGUUUCGGCGUGUUGUUGAACGCGAGACAUUUUUUUUAUCGUCCUGUUGGCAACGUGUCAUUUGAUACCGGUUGUAUUUAUUUGCAGAGUUUGGUCCUUGAUACUUUACCUCCUGGACUAUUCUGGGCAGUU